CGUCAUGGUGGUGUGAUGUCUUUGCUCACCAUGUUCGUUACCCAUACAACACAGGAUAACAGCAGUGCGCGGUAUCGAGAGCAACACCGGCAGCGUGUCUAUCGGCGCAGAGUGCGCCAGUGUCUCUGGUUCGUGCUGAAUCUUUACCACCCGAACGGGCCGCCACCGUGCGAUGAAGCGAUCAAACGACGGUUUCAACACUUUCUCGCAAUACCGAUACCGCGUACGCCCGAAGAGCUGGAGGCGCAACGGCAAGCUGUACAGGCAACGACCGCCAAGCCGAAACGCAUCGUCAAGCGCAGGGUGGUCGUGGUGGUGAAGCGACGACGGUCAAGUGCACAUCUUCAACCAUCUACCACCGCCGGAAAGGAAGAGGAGCGUACGAUCUGACAUCAUACCUGUUCAUGGCCCAUUGUAGAAAUGAUCCCCCAAUGUGUUUAUAAUAAUAACGUCACCUUGCAAAAACAAC